AUGAAGCUCUCAAUCCGCCUAGCGCCUUCGACCACCACCACCACCACCACCAUCGCCGCCACCACCAAGCCGACCAACAUAUCCGCCCUCAUCCCCCCUCACCUAACCCAACCCCUCGUCGACGCCUCCCCCUUCCUCAAGCGCCUCCAACAGGACCUCCUCAUCCUAACCUCCUUUCCCGACAACGCCUCCCUCCACUGGCGCCCAACCUGGUUCCCUCCCUCCCCAACCCCAACCAGCACCCCAUGGACCCUCCACAACCCUCCCAACGUCACGACCCUCCGCCUCCCCAACACUCCGCACGUCCCACACGCCCACACGCGCGCCAUGCGGUCCCCAUCCUCCUCCUCCUCCUCCCCGCCCCCGCAACAGUACAUCAAAACCUGGCGCCACUGGACCCGCUACUGCGCACUCUACGCCAUCCCGACGGACUUCCUGUCUCCCGCUAUGAUCGCCCUCAUCCAGCUCGCGCAGCAGCAGGGCGCCACCGAGCCGCCGACGUGGCCGCUGUACCCGGAGCCGCUGCCGGAGACGCCGUACGUGCUCCCGAGUGCGAGUGGGAAGUCGCUUGCGCGGAAGUUCGAGAGGGUGGAUGAGGGGUGGUGCGUCGUUGUGAGGCCGAGUGGGGCGUUGGAGGUUGUGGAGAGGGAGGGGUCGAUAGAGGGGGUGAGGGGGGUGCGGUGGAGUCAUGUGCCGUGGUCGAGGGAGCAGGAGGAGAGUUGUAGGGGGUUCAGGUUGAGGUUAAGGUUUUGGAAUUGUUGGGUUCUUGGUGACGACGGGGUAGGGGGAAAGGGGAGGAAGAGGGAGAGGGAGGAGGAGGGGGAUGGGGAGGAAAGGAGGGUGAAGAUGAGGGUGGUUUCGCCGGGUCGUGGUGAGGGGAAGAUGAGUCCUUUGGUCGAUGAGGGAUAUGAUUCUUGAAGAUUGGUUGGGGUGAGUUGGGUCCAGUCGAGUUGAGUUGCUUGCGCCUGGUCUUUUUGCAGACGGCUGGUUUCGCAAGAUG